UUCUUUCAAAGAUACUGUGUGUGUGCCAACAACGUCUGUGUUUUUGUUAUUGUUUACGUUUGACUACUGGCGGCAAUAUACAAUGGGUUGCGAAGACGUGUUUAAAAGUUUACGUGAAGUUGGUUGUUGUAAACGCUGUUGUCUGCGAGUUAUCGGUGAAAGAGAAUCUACAGCAUACAGUGAUGUGCCAGAAACACUUAGAAAGAAAGGACUCGAGUCACCGGUUGAAACUAAUGAAUGUGGAGAAGAUAAUGUUUCAGAAGUCAUAUGCAUCGCUUGUUUGGGUUUAUUACAAGAUAAUUUGUUUGAAGGAAUAACUGAGAAGAUUUCCAACAAAAUACUAGAAGGAUCCUUCGACAGCACCACAUUCACUUGCGCGUUGUCACUGCCGGUCUGUUUCCAGAUCAGGGCGCAUUCAUUAUGGUUGUUUAUAAGGGACAAGUUCCCCGAGUAUUUUGAUUCUGAUUUUGCACGUUAUGAAACUCAUAUGGUGCCAGUAAAAGACGUAUGGAAGUGGACAGUUGUACCAGCAAUAGCCAAACGAGUCAACAAAAGUUUUGAUUCUGGAGAUAAAUGUAAUUUCUUCGUUAACGUGAAUGUGGAAUACGCCAAUGACGAAGACGAGUGUGCACACAUGCAGAAGAUGUGUAAAAAGUUCUUUGCAGAACGUCGUACACAGAGACGGAAGUUCCGUGGUGAACUGUAUACACGAAAAGGAGUAGAACAGCUGCUCCCAACCAUUGAUUCAAAAGUAUUCAAGGAAAAUUUUCCCUGUCCCCCAUCAGUGCCACAGGUUCCAGUUGCCAUCACUUCUGUUGCUUGUUCUCAUAACUCAAUUUACUUCGCAGGUCGCUACAAUAAGUUCUCCCGCUUUCUCAGCCAGACACCAUGGCUCAUUGAUGGUGAAAGGAGAAUGGAAUCAUCCGUUCAAGAGAUAAUUAGCGACAAACUGGAAGCAAUAACACAAGCAGAGGGGUCCAGAUUUUCUUCUUCGGGCCGUGAAGAUGUUGAUGUGCGUAUGUUAGGACGUGGUCGACCAUUUUCUGUGGAGCUGCUGAAUCCACACCGGACGUGUUUCUCCCGUGAUGAAGUCUGUGCUCUUCAAGCUGAUAUUAACAUGGGAAGUCCAGAUAGUGUAAUCGUUAGAGACCUGCAACUUGUUACAAGGGAGUGCUUGGCAGAGCUCAAGAAAGGUGAGCAAGAAAAACAGAAACUGUAUGAAGCCCUUUGUAUCUGCCAUGAUGUACCAUUGCUUCAGGAGAAAUUAGAUUGCUUAUCGAGUGCAGCCCCCUUGCAAUUGCAGCAGUGGACACCUAUAAGAGUUUUACAUCGCCGACCACUGGCAGAGAGAGUCAGAACCAUACACUCACUGGCAGCAAAGGAGGUCAGUGGACAGCCAGGCCUUUUCAAACUGGAGGUGAUGGCACAGGCUGGAACAUACAUUAAGGAGUUUGUGCAUGGCGAUUUUGGUCGAACAACACCUGACCUUGGUCAGUUACUUGGUGGUGUGCAAGUCGACAUACUGGCCCUUGAUGUCUUGGAUAUAAUGGUGGACUGGCCACCACAAAUCAACAGCUGAUAGUGCAGAAAUAUAGGUCUGCAUUUCUGUUGUAAUGGUGAAAUUUGUUUUGAGAAAAGAGGACUAUUUUCAUGAAAAUUUUAUUAGGCAUAUUGAACAUCAAUGGUGGUAUUGUAUUUAUUGUGGUAUCUUUGUGAAAUGUUUGCUGGUCAACUAAAAUUUAUAUGUGUAUCCUCAUUAGUGGAGUUUUAGUUAUUUCUUUAUGUAUGACAUCAAGCCUUUUCCUGGGGACCAAGUAAGUAUAUUGUGUGUAGACAUUUCUACCAGUUAUUUUUUGUAAGUAGCUGAGGAAAACAUACAACAAAGACAAUAGGAAUGGCAUAAAUCAAAGCAGGCAGUUGUGAUCCAGACUGACAUUAUCUUAAGCCAAGUAACACUUGAGUAGUUAUCAGUUUGUGAGAGGUGCAUUAAGAAAGCUCUUAUCAUUUGAGAUUUAUCUGUUUGACUUCCAUGUUAACAAGGUACCAACAGUGGUUUAUCUGCUUUUGACAUGUGUAGUUGCAAAGAAAGCUGAAAGUGUUUUGUGUUGAUUUAUCUUCUUGAGGUUGUUCUGGUGUGACGCUUGUUUCUGUUGCUGUCGUAGCAAAAUGGAAUGUAAGUAUGAUGUGAAAUAUAACGAACAGCACUCUCAUAAACUAAUAGAAAAAUAAAUGUAUAAUUACAUGUUA